GAGCAGCAUUAGCGUGCCUGAAUUUGACCUCAAACUGGUGAGCUCGCAACGAAUGGACGAUCGCCUACUGGUCACCAAUUACAAUGCGAAAAUAACCGAUUUGCAUGGCGAGAUUGAAGCACGCAUGGCAUGUAUUGCUAAUCAGGUGUACCUAAUGGCGUGUUUCUGUGGACGACCAGAACUGGAUAUAGAGCUCGUGAAUACAGAUUCAAGUUCAGCAGGAGCCGUGUCCAGGUCUCUGGUGGAUGAAGCUAUCCGCAAAUGUUUGCUUUCUGCUGUUACAAACAUAUCGCUUACCGAAUCGCUUGGACAACGCAGCAGUGGCGUUGCAACUGGAACAGUUCCUGCUUCUGCAUUUUCGCCAAUUUCCCGUGUAGUAGCAGGAGGCGGUGCUGGCAUUAUUGGGAGCAGCGUCACUCCAGCAUCGACGCCGGUGCAGGAAAUGAUGAAGCGAAUUGGCCAGUCGACCCAGCUCACGAAUCAGUCUGCAAAACUGCAGGGAGCUCCCAACAAAGUUCGCGUCAAGGUGAUACGUGCUCAACGACUCGGCGGUGAUCGCAGUACGGACUUUUCUUCUAAUUCUACCAAUUCAAACCCUGCCAUCGAACGACAAGCUUCAACCAUCAGGUUUGACUGUGCAGCAGCAACAGCAUCAGCCAACGACCUCUCCGGCAGUGCCAGGAAUGCAUUCACCACAACAGCAGCAGCAACAACAACAGCAGCAAAGAACACAACAACAGCAAGCACGGCAACAUGCGGAUUAUGACG